GUAUGGUAAAGGUGAAAUGAGAGAAGCCUGUUGUGCGUGCUGGUGAGCAGUACGCUAUUGCUGGUUUAUGUUUAAGGAAUGAGGUUCAUCUAGGAUUUUGUUAUUACGUAUCUCAGAAAGCAUUUGUCAAGGAAUCAUGACACGGGCUUUUCCAUCCAGACGGGUUUCUGUGUACAGCAUACCAGCUCCAUACCACCCUGAGCAGGCUGAUGGGCAGGAAAAUCUGUAUAUUCACUACUGCACAUCUUACCAAAAGGGCUUGUGUCAGAAGUACUAUUUCUUCAAAUGGAUGAGACUGUGUUUCUGGAGAAGACGGCUUCUAGGAAUAUUAUCUCUAGUUUCUUUAUCAGUUACAGUAAUUGUGCUAAUCCUGCACUGUUCGCUCUCUCCAGCUUUCUCUUUAAUAUAUAUUGGUGGAAGUGUAGAAAUUCCUAAUCUGACUUACACAAGUGAUCUCAAUGAUCCCAGCUCCCAGAAAUUCCUCCUGCAAGCAGAGGCAAUCCAAAAUUAUCUCGCAGAAUCCUACAAGUGUUCCACCUUGGGAAAGUAUUAUUUGAAGUCCAUAGUGGCUGCUUUCAGUGAAGGAGAGUAUGGACUUCGAGCUUACUACUGGAAUACAUUCUGGGCACCACAGGAUAUUACUGAUUCUCUUAAAAAGUUAAUCCCUUUGGAACAAAAAGAAACGAGUAGUAAACAAAUGCCUCACCUGUUCAGUACUUCUGGGGAAGGAGAUUUUGAUCUUGUUACAAUGGAGCUUUUUGUUUCAGAUUCUACAGAAUACAAUGUGAUGCUAAAAUCAGGGUUAUCCUUUGACCUCUAUGCAAAGCCAGGUAACAACAGAACUCUAACUCUGAUGAAUCCCAAGAAGUCUUUUUAUCAAUGGAGGUUGCGAGUUCCUUCUAACUGUGUGGUGAAACUGGUAGUUACCUCGUUGCAUGUUGUUGCUUCGGAGAGCUGUGCAUCACACCGCUUGUCUGCAUAUGAUUUCCUUCUUCCUCUGCAGAACAAGAUUAUUACAAGGUGGUGUGGCUCUGGAGCCUGGACUCCUCCAGUUAUACGUUUAACUUCAUCAAGUAAUGUCAUGUUACUUACCUUCUCACUGGACCACAGAGAAGAAAGGAAUAUACUAAAAGCUCACUUUCAAGCAAUCCCUAAAAUUGUGUGUGGUGGUCAUUACAUUUCCUGGAAUGGAAGUCUGAGUUCUCCUUACUACCCAAGUUACUACCCACCAAACAUUGACUGCAGCUGGAUCAUCCGAGCACCCUCCCCUGCCUACAAGCUCUCGCUAAAAAUCCUUGCAAUGCAAAUUCAAGAGAAGUCUCCAGGGUCCAGUAAAUGUGAUAAAGACUGGUUAGAAAUUGAUGGAGUUAGAUACUGUAAAGAUAUUUCAGAAAGUGGCAGAAACAGAGAAUAUGGCUAUUCUGUUGCUAUCAACUUCCAUUCUGAUGAACUAGUCACCCAUAGAGGAUUUUAUAUUGAAUACAGAGCCUUCAGUCACACAGACCGUUGUACUCCUGAGCAGUUAAACUGUGGUGAUGGAAAAUGUAAGCAUCAACAUAAGACCUGUGAAGGUGGUGAUAGCUGCAGGGAAGACAGCAAUGAAAACAACUGUUCCUACAAAAGUUGCUUCCCUUAUACUUACAAAUGUCUUAAUGGAAAAUGCUUGCUGAAACCAAAUCCUGAGUGUGAUGGGAAAAGAGACUGCACAGAUGGAUCUGAUGAAAUGAACUGUGCUUGUGGAAGAAACCAGUUUAAGAAAAGCAGGAUUGUUGGAGGUGAAGAUGCACAGUCUGGAAAGUGGCCUUGGCAAGCAAGUUUACAAAUUGCAGCACAUGGCCAUGUCUGUGGUGCGUCUGUUAUUUCCAAGAGGUGGCUUGUAUCUGCUGCCCAUUGCUUUCUGGAUUCUGAUUCCAUAAGAUACUCUGCUCCAUCAAGGUGGAGAGCAUACAUGGGCUUACGCACUGUUAAUGAAAAGAGCAAUCAUGUAGCUAUGAGAUCGAUCAAAAGGAUUAUUGUCCACCCACAAUAUGACCAAUCUGUCUCAGAUUAUGACAUAGCCCUGUUAGAAAUGGAGACACCCGUAUUCUUCAGCGAGCUGGUACAGCCCAUUUGUUUACCGAGCAGCUCUAGAGUAUUUCUUUAUGGAACUGUCUGCUAUGUAACUGGUUGGGGAGCCAUAAAAGAAAAUAGUCAUCUUGCCAGAACACUGCAGGAAGCUAGAGUGAGAAUAAUUAAUCAAAGCAUAUGUAGCAAGCUGUACGAUGAUCUCAUCACAUCUCGCAUGCUCUGUGCUGGGAACCUUAAUGGUGGCACUGAUGCAUGCCAGGGAGAUUCUGGAGGUCCCUUGGCCUGCACAGGAAAGGGAAAUAGAUGGUACCUUGCUGGCAUUGUGAGCUGGGGUGAAGGAUGUGCCCGACGCAAUCGUCCUGGUGUAUACACUAAGGUGACAGCACUUUAUGACUGGAUUCGUCAGAAUACAAACUGAUGUGCCAAAGAGAAAAUGCAGGUCAUCACCGUUACAAAAGCCUCUUCCUACGUUUUCAUGUACAUGAGAAUGCUGCUGGCUGUUUCACUAUGAAAGAAAGCACUGUCUUAAUACAGAAAUGAUCAUUUGUCAUUCACUUAAUGGCAACUGUUUGGAUUCUGACCAGCUUCAAAUAAUUUCAGGGUCCUUAUGGAUUCAUAUGUCCUAUUCCCUACCAGCAGAAACAGAGUUGCUAUGUACCUUUGCGCAGGCAUACAAGGAUAUUCAUGCUCGCAUCCCAUAUAUACUGACAUAUAUUCCCUUACUGAUAUUACAGGAUUCUAAAUGUGAGCAAUUCCUCUGUUGUUGUUUUUGUUUGUUUGUUUUGUUUUUGGUGGGUUUCUUUUGUUGUUGUUGUUGGGUUUUUGUGUGUGUGUGUGUGUUUCAGUCUACAAAUAAUUUGAUCAGUAUGUCAUACAGGUUUGAGAUGAAUUUGUGCUUCAGUUUUGCUGCCACUUCGUGGCUGCUCUUUCCUGAACUGUAACUUCUGGGCUGUCACAAAUGUUAUGAUUUAAAAAAAAAAACAAAAACAACAACAAAAAAACAACCCUGUAUUUUAAUUAAUUAAACUAAAGAAAACUGCAUGUAAAAAUGCAUUGUGAAUUAUGCUUCUUUUUUUUUUUUAAGUUCUUAAUAAAGACCUAAUAAGCUAUUGGUUCAUCAGCAAAAUGUCAGGAAUUUAGAAUACUGUCCCAUUCCUAUCACUAAAGGCUGUAAGUACAUACUUGUGCAUGUAACUGAUUAAGAUAAAACUGUAUAUUUGCCUUAUUUAAUGACUGUUAAUACCAAGGCUAUUUAUUAAUUCCCUUCUUUGAUAUUAGGCUGCGUUGAAAUCAUGAAAACCAGAAUUAUUUCUUUCAUAAAAGAACUGGCAAUCAGCUCUCAACGGUAACACACAAUGGUGUGUAAGUUGGUUUGUAUUCAAGAUUUGACUAUAUUUUCUUCUUUUUCUCCACCUCCAAGCAGCUGAGGGCUUAAUUAGCAGCCGCGUGGGAAGUGGUAGGUGGCAACUGUAGUGGAACGGUGACAUUGGUCCCUGGGUCAUAGAAGGCCAAUGCUUCAGUGGGUGCCAGAGACUGGCAUAUCCACCUGCCUAAAAUGAAAAGCUAGAGCUGCCUGAGGAGAGAAGGUACCACAUGAGCAAAGCAGGCCAAAAUGCACAGUGGCAUUUUUCUGGGGGCAUCUUGCAAGGAAUCUGUUUCAGGACUAUUGCUCUGCCAGGAAGCCUUUCUUGUUGAAUCCAGUCUUCUAGUAAAAACAAGCAAAAUCUUGCACUCUGAGACUCUCCUGAUGAACCUGGACAGUUUCCUCAGUCUUUAUUGCUUUCUUACCUUCUCUUUACACAGAGAAAAUACUUGUAGUGUCUAAUGUCUGCAAUGUGUAACAAGUAGAUUUUUCUCAUCUCUGGCUCCAGCAUGCUCUGUGUAUUCUGGCAUGCUUCUGGUGGGUUUGUGCUGCUUUCUUUGAUGUCCUCAGUCUGCAGUGAAAUGAGUUUCAAGGUAAUGUUCUCUGUUUUGUCUCCUUUCCAUGGCCAGAAGAAAGAGUUGUGCCCGUAUGAUGAAAAAAUAUUAAGAGGUUCUUGGUCUCAGUGAAAGUAGAGGAAAUGACACCUACACUUCUAUCAUAAGAUCACUCUUUCAAUCUUAGUAGUAUCUAGCUUCAAAAACGAUAAUCUGUUGAUGAGACUAUAAGCCAAAUCUCACUGAUCUGAAGAUUCUAAUGCUGCUUAUGAUAUUUCAUAAUUCUGGCAUUCAGUUUAAUAAAGGAUCUGUUUGCAUUUUCUAGAGGGUACUAUAAUCAUGCUGCAUAUUUGGAAGUGUUUAGCUUUUAAAACAGGUGAAAAAGAUGAAGCUGUCUGCUUGAAUGUCAGUCCUUUCAGGUCACAGCAUGUUUUUUUUCUAAAGUACAUAAAUAUGUGGUUAUUGUUUAGCCACUGAUCUUUGGGAAAAUGUGAGAAUGAGUUAGUACUGCAAUUUUCACACAGUGUGCUUCCUGUGUCUAACAGGGAUGCUGCUUCUCCAUCCUUUCUUUCUGUGGUUUUGGGCAUUCCCCUUGCUGCUACCCCUGCAGCAAUUCUUGUGUCAAGCUUCUUACGUAAACUAUAUUCAAACUAUACUCUGUAGGAGUUUUAGGUAACUAUAAAACAUAAGUCAUUCACUUCUUCUUUUUCAAUAAACACGUGAUAAAAACGUAAGUGUAUAUGUUUCCUUCAUUUGGUUGUGCCUUUGAAAUUCUAAAACUCGGAUACGGUCACAAGUGCAUUUGUACUUUGAAGUUUACAUUUUCGGUAAAGCUAAGCCAAACCUGCCUGCAUUACAAAAGCAUGCAUUUAAAGGCAUUUAUUUAUUUUCCUUAUUUAGAAACAGCAGUUGUCUUCACUUCAGAAUGAAAUAGCUUUCCUGCUGUUCAGUCUGAGAUAAGAGCCUAGGCCAGAAGGUUCAGAUCAGUUCUUAACUUCCUGUUUUAUUUAAGAAUUGGCAGUUCCAUGUUUCAGAAGGGUCAGUUGCUUCACUGGAAAGAGGAAAAAAAAGACACUAAGUGUGAAAGUUAGAUCACCCAGACAACAGAAAUAAAGGAGUUCAUACAGAGUUCCUUCAGAAGGGUGGAAUAAAUGGACUUUGGCAUUUACAGACUGAGAUCCAUAAUCAUUAACUCACUUGACAUAGGAAAAAAGUUGCCAGAGAGGUCUUAAUACAUGAGUGGAAAUCAAGUAUGCAAACCCAGUUUUCAGCAGGAAUACUGAGAACCAGCAGGUAAAUACCUUUCUAGUGAAGAUCCCAAGUGAAUUCCUAUGGAUUCAGAUACCUGUUUUGAUCUUGAUGGCUGUUCAGCUUCAUCCUCAGUACUCCAGUCUUUUAAAUAUUCUCCAUGGAACUUGUGUUUGUUUUUGUUUGCUGAUUUAAACCAAGCCUUAUGCUCAGCUCCACAGAAUGCCUUUGCCUGGAUGACUGCCCCAUGACUUCAGCAAUCCAAACCUCCUUGGGAAUACACUAAGCAUAGUAGCCAGAAGAGUUGCACAAUGAGAAAAUCUGAGGGAGAAAAACCUAUCCUCAGAGUUUGGCAGGGAGAAGAAGGAGUGGUGCUGUGAGUGGAUAUUCCAGCAGAAAGAGACUUUGCUCCCUUUUUAAUGAGCUGUCCUCUCUUCUGAGGCUGGAGUGUGAGCAUCCUUUUGAUCAAAAGUAAGAGGAGUGCUCUGUGGCAAGGAAGAAGAAACCCAAGGAAGGAAUUAAAACAAGAGAAAUAAGAGGAGUCUCCAGCUUCAUACCAGAACUGCUACUGACAUAAUUGCAGCUGAAACCAGAAGGAAAUGAGCUGGCUCCGUGCUUGCUACAGGGACAGAGGUCCUCACACAGGAACAGAAGCUAUGAAAAGGCAAAGCUCUGAUGGGGAGCAUGAGGUUAUUGAAUUGCAAGGAGUUAAUGGGGAGGAAAGUACAGCUGAUCAUAAGAAGCCUCUAAAUUCUCAAGUACCUACAACGAGCAAGGAGAGGGAUCAGUGGAAAUCAUGCAGGAAGACCAUUUUCUGGAGGUGUAAACUAUGGAUGGUUUUAACUACAAUUUUUGUUGGCUUGUUCCUGGUCAUUCUCAUCAGUCUAGCUCUAUAUUCUAAUGUUUACACAGAUGAAGAUGAUUAUUGGUAUUCAGAUACACUGCUACAGAAUUAUCACAAUUUUUCUGGAAAGUUCAACUUACUGUGUGGUCUUCCACAUCUUUUUUCUGAAGACAUUACUAAGAGGAUAACAGAUGUCUACAGCUCAUCUCCAGCUCUAGGACGCUACUUUAGGUCUGCUAAAGUAGAUUAUUCCAGUAAUGAAAGCUCCACUGUAUUUUACCAAACUGAUUCCUUGUACCACCAUCAACAGAGGGGUUUGUGGAGAAUGUAAUGAACCCAGACUUUAUAAGGAGUGUUCUACUUCAAAAUAUUUAUGAUGAAGAAGAUACUUCUAAUCCCGGGCCAUCUGAAUGUACCAGGUUAAAGCUUGACCCAGCUUCUCUCACAUCAACAUGAAAAUAAUGGACAGACUCCUCAUCAUCCUUACCUCCUAGAAGAGGUGGUCUUCUACUGUCUAGUAGUGAUCUCAGGUUAAAGAGUCAUUCGACAGGUGGAAACACUUCUAAAGAUGUUAUUCUUUAAAUGAAAAUGUCGUUAUUGAUUUAUCUCAUUGGGACUGACUGGCAGAUAUAAGCUUUUAUAACAUAAGAGAGAUGCCCUCCAGCUUGUCUGAAGAGUCAGCACAGCAGAUGGGAUGAUUCGGAAGGCUGCCUGCUGCUGGCUUAACUAUUCAAGUAGUUCCCAGGAAUGCCAUCAGAGCAGAAGGGCUCCCUUUCUAAUGGAUCAGGACAUAAUCACAAGAGGAUGCCUUGGGUGAGCAGCGAAAGCAUGUGGUUGAAUCAUUACCUGGGCAGGGCUCGGCGGGUGACUCUCGGUCUGCGCUGGGAAGAGAGGAAGCAAAGAAGUGACUGCCAGUUCUUGUACAGCCAUAAGGCGCAACCAUGAACCACUGGGACAUGGGCUGUGGGAAGGGACAACCCCCGGGAUUCCCUCUGGGGACUAGAGAAAUCUGGUGUAUGACCUGGUUGAAGCUACUCAGUGGAGAUGCAGACAGCUGUGUGAUGUGGGUGCACAAACCUCGUUCCUUAAGAACUUGAGCCGAUAACACAUAAGCUAUAAACAAGGAACUAAAGUCUUUGAGGAGGAUUUUUGAUGUCAAGUUACAUGCCUAAAACCUUGCACAAGAAAAUCAGGAGGUUUUUUUCAUCCCUCUAAUUUCUACAAGGUCUGUUAUUUCUCAGAAAGACAUGGAUUUAUCAGCAAUCAGGCUACUGUGAUCAAGGAGUGACAUGCCAUAUAAAGUUGAGGGUGGGAUGGUGCUGCUGACCGACCCAAUUAAACACAAUGUGGGAUGCUGAUGUUUCCUGUCCCAAGAGAACAGCCCAUUAGUAUUAGUGUUGUACCACCUACCUCUCCUGGUAGCAACUUGUUUCUGGAAAGGAGUCUGGAAUGUUAAAAAGCAGUUGGAGUCCUCUGUGUGCAAGUGUUGCAGGCACUUAAAAUCAUGGGAAUUCGGUAGGUUUGGGAGUCAGCACCCUACAGGCACAGGUUAGGACCACCAUCUUCACACUGACUUUCUUGGUCUUGACUGAAACUGCUAGAAAAAUCGGGACUUCAAGUUUUGGGAACCUCAGCCGUUUCCCCUAAAGAUCGCCUAAAAUAGUUGCUCCCUGUACCUCUGUCAACAUAGAGGUGAGGGAUGCUCUCUCUUUGGAAAUGAGCAGAACAUUUAGUUUUGGCAACAGCAAGCCUCAUCUGAGUUCCUUAAGGCCAAGCAAGCUGUCAGAGUAUAGUGGUUUUCCAGUUGUGUUUACAGGGAAUGGUGUUACCAGUGAACUCUGAUGACAAUCCUUUGGGAGUGCAAAGGCAGAGACUAAGAAUGAGGGGAGUAUUUAACAGCAGCAAGGCUGACACACAAAUACUUGACAAAGUAAUGGCGGAUGGGCUGGGUGAUUGGGUCAGAGAGUCUUCCGAGUGGUACCACCACUUUUCCAGAGUAAAUGUUUGUGUUAGUGAAAGCCACUGCAGCAUGUAAAUACAGUAUAUAUAUAUCAUCUAUCUAUACACAGUAUAUGUAGAAGGUCACCCUUAUUAGAUGUGAUUCAACAGAUAAUAAGAGAAGUCAAGGUCAACUUGUAAAUGCAGUUUUCCUGUCUGUAAGGCCAGGGCAGCUGACAAGGAUGCUCUACUCCUUGUGUUUCUUGCUUGUAACAUCCUUCCCUGUCUCAGUAGGCUCUGAGCGCUGUAAACCUAGGGGUGUCACCUCCACAAAGAACAGUCAAAGGCAAUACUCAAAAACCACAUUGUCUAUCUUAGUUUGCUUGCCAGAUUAUCAUCGUUUAUUCAAGAAACCCCUUGUUGUGCACUACAUAGUCCUUUAAAGUUGAUUCAUUGAAGGUAUCAUUUUCUCAAAUUUUAGUGAAAUCACUCUUUGAGAUUAUUCUAACAAAGCAUAAAAUGAUACUGAACCUACCUUAUUUUUGGUUGAAGGUUUCCCAUCCUUCCACUGGAUCUCUGAACCCUUGGGAAGCCAAGGAUUUCCCUGCUUUCCAAAUUUGUUGUACUGUAUAUGUUACCAAAUGAAUCUCACUGAUCAGAGAGGCUCCUUACAUCUUCCACUCACAUACUGUACACCAAAUAAAACACUCAACCACAGCUACUUAAUGUGUGGAGGUGGGGAAAGUAGGAGGGGAGAAUGAAUGAGUGACGUGGCUUCCUGACGCACCAAGGCUGGAGUGUGCUGCACUGGCGACCUCCCCAAGGAGGCUGAUGAGCUGCAGUGUGGACUCCCUCUAGUAUCCCUCAUCUGAAAUAGCAACAGGGAGGGCACUCAAGAGGAAACCCAAGUGCCUGGUCAUCUUGCUCUUCUGAGAAAUGAUGCGACAAACCAAAAGGUAAAAAACAAGGUCUUUAGCCCCCUCAAAAAAAGAACAACCCAUAACUUAAUCUUUUUUAAUCCUUCUUUCUUCCUGAGAUACAAGGAGAAGAAAAAUAAAAAAGACAGAAGUACAGUUUGCCAGGCUGAUAAUUUAAUCAUCUUAUAAUUCUUUCACUGUAGUUGUAACAUACUAUGUCAAGAAAAAGCCUCUAAAACAUGAGGUGCCCGCAGUAAUUUUGUCUGAGGCACAGACGUACAUAGAGGGGGGUGGUUAACCAGACAGUUUCACAAUGUCUGCUGUUCCUCAGUAACAUAUAGUUGUGUAGACCAGCACUCUUCACCAUGCAUCAGAACUCAGCCAAGCAACCUCUCUGGUGCUUAACUCUCAGGUCAUCCCACACCAGGUCUCAGCAUCACUGGCUAUAAUGGACUGUCAUUAUGGACUUUGUCAGUCCAUACUGUCAGUCCAGUAGUGGCAGGACUGAGUCUGCUUUAGGAAGAUACCACAGCCCAAAUAUAUCCAACUCAAACACAGCUGCAUUCAAACCAUCCUUGUGCCAUCUGAUCUCACAUUUGUGCCCAAUGGUGACCCAUUGACUGUAUGCCUAACCAAAUGGCCAGCACCUGGUCCUGCUACAUCCCUCAGCUGCUGACUGUUGGUCCUUGCAGCAGCACUGCCUUGAUUGUAAAUCAGUCAUUGGUUGUUACCUCCACCCCAGCAUGCUGCUGGGACCUAGAAGGGUUUGCUUUAUGUAUGCUUUAUUCACAGGUGGGCUAUGAAGGAUUAGAUCUGUGUGAUUACCUUUAGGAAGCUGCUUCCUGAUAGUAGCAGCAGGUGAGGCUGACAGUGUACUGGUGUUCUGACUUUCAAAACCAUUGAAAUUCAGCAGUGGGUGGAGCUGUUUUCCUCUGUUUUUUUCCUCUCACAGGCAGCACCAGGUAGGUGGUUUAUUUGUUAACCUGUGCUUUCCUGUUUAUAAAUAAAGCAUAAAGUAUAGGAUGGUUUGGGUUGGAAGGGACCCCAAGGAGCCUUAGGAAAGAGGAAGUCCUGUAGGGAAUACUGGAACAGGAACGUGAACAAAAUGCUAAUAAAUGCAUUAUACUACUUGCUACAGGAUAAA